AAGCCCAGUCUGGGGCUCCUGGCUUCCUUCUAGGCCCAGGCAGAUUAGCUCUCUUCAGCACAGACCAUUCUGGCCUAGGACUAUGGACUUCUCCUCAGGUGCCAUGAUGAAGAGCCUUCUGGUGUUCCUGUGGGCCAUAGCCUUCGUAGGCUAUGGGAACUAUGCAGCAGGAGCUCCACAGGAGGAACCCCUGCCAGGGCCAGACACCACUGGGGCCACAGCAGUAGAGGAGGAGGACCCCUUUUUCAAAGUCCCGGUGAACAAGUUGGCAGCGGCUGUCUCCAACUUCGGCUACGACCUCUAUCGCCAGAAAUCUAGUGAGAGCCCCACCACCAACGUGCUUCUGUCUCCGCUGAGCGUGGCCACAGCUCUGUCUGCUCUCUCCCUGGGUGCUGACCCAAAGACACAAUCCACCAUUCACCGUGCCCUCUACUAUGACCUGAUCACCAAUCAAGACAUUCACAGCACCUACAAAGAACUCCUGGCCACCGUCACCGCUGCUCAGAAGAACCUGAAGAGCGCCUCUCGCAUUGUCUUAGAAAAAAAGCUGCGGAUAAAAGCUGCGUUCAUCACGCCACUGGAUAAGUCUUACGGGAUGAGGCCCAGGAUUCUGACGGGCAACUCACGCACGGAUCUCCAGGAAAUGAACAACUGGAUCCAGGGGCAGAUGAAAGGGAAGAUCCUCCAGUCCUCCAGAGCUCUGCCCAGCGACGUCAGCAUCCUCCUCUUCUCUGUGGCUCACUUCAAAGGGCAGUGGCUGACAAAGUUUGACUCCAAAAAGACUUCCCUUCAGGACUUCCACUUGGACGAAGACAGGACCAUCAGGGUCCCCAUGAUGUCUGACCCCAGGGCGAUCCUCCGCUACGGCCUAGACUCUGACCUCAACUGCAAGAUCGCCCAGCUGCCCUUGAGCGGGAGCAUGUCCAUCAUCUUCUUCCUGCCCAUGAAAGUGACCCAGAACCUGACGCAGAUCGAGGAGAGCCUCACCUCUGAGUUUGUCCAUGACAUCGACAGAGAGCUGAAGACCAUCCAGGCCGUGCUGGCUGUGCCCAAGAUCCAGCUGAGCUUUGAUGGUGAAGUCACGGAGAUGGUGAAGCAGCUGAAACUCCAGUCUCUGUUCGACUCCCCGGACUUCAGCAAGAUCACGGGCAAAGCCAUCAAGAUCACUCAGGUGGAACACAGGGCGGCCUUCGAGUGGAACGAGGACGGGGCAGGAACGACGCCCGGCCCGAGCGUCCAGCCCUCUCGCCUCGCCUUCCUUCUGGACUACCACCUCGACAAGCCCUUCAUCUUUGUUCUCCGGGACACGGACACGGGGGCCCUGCUCUUCGUGGGCAAAGUCUUGGACCCCAGGGGCCCGUGAGUGACCGCGGCCCAGGGGCGCCCCGAGCACCCCGCGCUCGCUCUGCAAUAAAGGUGGUCGAGUCAACCUCUGAAAA